AUGGUGUUGGAAGCUACUAUGAUUGUCAUUGACAACUCAGAAUUCACCAGAAAUGGGGAUUAUUUGACCAAUAGAUUCGAAGCACAAUUAGAUGGUGUUGAUUUAAUAUUUCAUGCAAAGACCAAUUCAAAUCCUGAAAACACUGUUGGGCUAUUGGCUUCAGGUGGUGAUGGUCCUCAAAUCUUAUCAACAUUGACUGCUGAUUUUGGUAAACUUCUAAGUGGUAUCCAUGAAACCAAAAUUCAUGGCUCAUUACAUUUUGCAACUAGUAUUCAAGUUGCUGCAUUAGCUUUAAAACAUCGUCAAAAUAAAGUUCAACAUCAAAGAAUUAUUGCAUUUGUUGGUUCUCCAAUUAAAGAAUCUGAAAAAGAAUUGGAAAAAUUAGCUAAAAAAAUGAAGAAGAAUAAUAUUGCCAUAGAUUUUAUUAAUUAUGGUGAAGAAAGUGUCAAUACAUCAAAAUUAGAAAAAUUCAUUUCAAUAGUAAAUUCUCAUGAUAAUAGUCAUUUAGUAACAGCACCACCAAGUGAUAGAUUACUUUAUGAAGUGAUAGGAUCAUCUCCAAUCAUUGUUGGUGAAGAUGAUGCAUUUGGAGGCCAAGGAGGUUCUGGUGAUGUUGGCGGUGAUGGAUUUGAUUUUGGUGCUGAUCCAAAUAUGGAUCCAGAUUUAGCCUUAGCAUUACGUUUAUCAUUAGAAGAAGAACAAGCAAGACAAGCUAGAGAACAACAACAAAGAGAUCAACCAGAAACUUUAGAAAGUAUUAAUGAAACCACUACUGGAGAUAAUGGUGAUUCAAAUGAAAAUAACAAUAAUAAUGAUGGUGAUACGAAUAUGGAAGAUGCUAAAUAG